UUGAUUGUUCCUAUACCUCCGUGAACGCAUCCUCAGCUACAGAUACAAACAUGGCGACCUGCAUCGGCAUGGUCGCUAAAGUUGGGGUUUUUGCAGCUGCUGUGCUAAAGCCGGUAGCCAGACAGUGUCCAGUGCAUAGCGUAAAUGUAUUUGUCCCGCAUCGCUUGUCGCAUGGAGUCCGGAGUCGUUUGUACGAGCAUGUCCGUGAAGGCUACAGUGACAAGCCUGAGCUGGACAUGAGAGCUGUGUGUGAGGAGACUGACAAAGUCAUAGCUAAUGUAGAGAGCAGGAAAGGGGACCUGCGAGGGGACGAUGUGAGGAAAAUUGUGUGUGUGUGGCAGGAGCUCCAGGCAGUAAAGACAGAAAUCUCUGAGCUGGAGGAAGAGAAGCGGCGCAUCAGUGAUAUAGUCAGAGCACUAGUGACAAAGGAGGACAAGAAAGCCCUCGCCAAUCUUCCAGAGUACAACCAAGCUCUUCAGAAGGGCAGAGAGAUCCGCAAUAGACUCAAUCAUCUGUACCACAAAGAGACCGAGCUGGAUGAGGAACACUAUGGCCGAGCACUCAGGCUGCCCAACACUACACACCCGGAUGUGCCAAUAGGAGAUGAGAACCAGGCGAGGGUGGUGGAGCUCGUGGGACAGAAACCAGAGUUUGACUUUAAGCCCAAAGGACAUGCAGAGCUGGGGGAAGAGUUAGGACUCAUCAGGCAGAGGCAUCUAGCUCAUGUCUCAGGCCACAGGUCCUACUAUCUUCGAGGAGCCGGGGCCAGACUUCAAGCUGCACUCCAGAACUUUGCCCUUGACACGCUACAGCGACGGGGCUUCAUUCCCAUGGUUGUGCCUGAUAUGCUGAAGGGUGCAGUGUUUGAGGGUUGUGGGAUGCAGCCCAAUGCCCACAGCUCACAAGUCUACUCACUGGACCCUGCACGUUUCCCAGACCUCAACCUGGCUGGAACUGGAGAGGUUGGGGUGGCAGGCUAUUUCAUGGAUCAUGCAGUGAACUGGAAGGACCUUCCUGUCAGGACGGUGUGCAGCAGCACCUGCUACAGAGCGGAGACCGACACAGGCAGAGAGACAUGGGGGCUCUACAGAGUUCAUCAUUUCAAUAAGGUGGAGAUGUUUGGAGUGACGGCAGAUAAGACAGGAGAAGAAAGCUCGCAGCUGCUGCAGGAGUUUGUCAGUCUGCAAAAAGAGAUGUUUUCUGCACUGGAACUGCACUACAGAGUGCUAGACAUGCCGACAGAGGAACUUGGCCCUCCGGCACACAGAAAGUAUGACAUUGAAGCCUGGAUGCCUGGGAGAAACAGCUAUGGAGAGGUUUCCAGUGCGUCCAACUGCACAGACUACCAGAGUAGACGCCUCAACAUCCUGUAUGAGAGAGAGGACGGCAGUCUGCAGUACGCCCACACAGUGAACGCCACAGCGUGUGCAAUCCCCCGAACAGUAAUCGCCAUCCUAGAGACUCACCAAACCAAAGAGGGAACAAUACGUGUUCCCCGAGCCCUGCAGCCUUACUUGAGUCUGGAAGUGAUUGAGAAGCCAAAGUACACUCCACUGAAAUACAUCGGACCCAAUCAGCGCUACCCACCACCAAGGCCGGCUCCUAAAAUUAGAUGACACUAACACAAGUUCAACACUCUAAACAGAAGCCAUCGUCUACAUAAAUAAAUAACUGUUUGUUUAUUUAAUGCAAGUGGAUUGGUUGAUUGACCGUGUCCCUCAAAAGACAUAAAAAACGUUGAGAGUGAAUUAAGUUUGUCAGUGUUUAAAAGAAGACCACUGUAAAUAGAUUCAUUCCUUUUGUCUAAUGUAAUGAAACUGGUGUCUUUUGUCUGGAUAAUUAGAGGAACAAUAAGAAAAAAGCAAUAAAAAGUGUGUAUAUCUCCAA